GAUUACUCAUCCUCUAUACUCUUAAUUAAGUAUAAAUUUCCACAUGGAUCGCCCAACACUAUUAUUAUUCCCAUUCUUAUUAACACUUCAUUUAUCAAUAUCAGGGGUAGUAAAUUCGACGAAAUUCACUUUAGUUAACAAAUGUGAGUACACAGUGUGGCCGGGGAUUUUAUCAAAUGCUGGUGUUCCUUCUCUUUCAACCACAGGCUUGGUUCUGCAAACCGGUGACUCUAACACCAUAACCGCACCCACUUCUUGGGGGGGCCGCUUCUGGGGCCGAACCCUCUGUUCCCAAGAUUCCACCGGAAAGUUCUCCUGCGUCACAGGUGAUUGUGGCUCCGGCAAGAUAGAAUGCUCCGGCAACGGAGCCACGCCGCCGGCCACGUUAGCCGAGUUCACCUUGGACGGCGCCGGAGGCCUUGACUUCUUCGAUGUUAGCCUUGUUGACGGCUUCAACGUGCCCAUGUUGGUAGUCCCACAGGGUGGCUCCGGCGACAACUGCACCAGCACGGGCUGCGUCGGGGAUCUUAACGGCGCGUGCCCUUCCGAGCUUAAAGUGACGAGCGUGGAUGGGAAUGAAGGCGUGGGCGUCGCUUGCAAGAGCGCGUGCGAGGCUUUUGGUUCGCCUCAGUAUUGCUGCAGCGGCGCGUUUGCGACACCGGAUACUUGCAAGCCUUCAUCUUACUCUCAGAUAUUCAAGACCGCUUGCCCACGCGCUUAUAGCUACGCGUAUGACGAUAAGACCAGCACCUUCACUUGUGCAGCUGCGGAUUACACUAUCACGUUUUGCCCUCCUCCGAGCUCCAGUCAGAAGGCGUCACAGGGGCAAGAUGCUCCUGCCUUGCCACUGCUUAACAACGGCACAAUGGUGUACGAAGGUGCAGAUCAAAGUGAAAUAUCAUGGGCCAUGUGUACCCAUGUGUUCGAAUCCCAAGCUAUUGCCGGCAUUGUUAGCAUCGCUAUGACUAUUUGGCGGUUGUGCCAGCUCUUCUAACUACUCCUUGCUUCAGCAUUUUUCACAGGGUUAGGUCCAUGAGCUUCCAAUAUAAGCACACCUCCACGUUCAUUGGCCCAAACAAACAGGAUGGUGGGACCCAAAUAUAAGCAUGGACCACGUGAGUUAAGUAGGGCCCACGGAUUUGGCCAUGCUGACUGGGACGUGACUCAUUUGAAGGGAAAGCUCACCCGUUGAUUUGAAGCCCAAGACCCUACCACCUCUUUUCAUUUUUUUUCUCCUCAAAAACCAAUUGUUUCGGAUAUUGUGGUUAGCACAAGUCCCCACACUACAAUACUACAUGUAUACAUAUAGCAAUAUGGGUAACUACGUAGUUAGGGAAACUUUAGGUUUCUUUUUCCUUUUAAAUUUUAUUUCAGUUAUUGAUUUAUUUUUCUCGGUUACAUCAAUAGGUAACACUACUAUUGAAUUCUUUGUAUUGU